GACAUUUAUAUAAAUAUGAUGAAAAUCUCCAAAACCGUACACACAAGCGUCGCUUGUUGUAGAAGACACAACAAUUUGGGUGGCCAGCGAUUAGCUAAUCGAUAUGGCUACUUUUAAGAAAUUGGCUAUGUUAGCCAUCCUAGUAGGCAGCUGCCAUGCCGGUGGAUAUCACUACCCUCAUGGAAACUCGUAUAACAGUGGACACUCGGCUCCCGCACCAUUGCCUGCCACUUCAAGCUUCUCACCGAGCAGCUUCCCCGCUGGAUCUCUACCCUCAGCUACAUAUUCCGGCUCGAGCGGAUCCAUUGGAGAUAUCAGCCACAGUCUGGGAUCUAGCAGUCUUGGAUCCAGUGGCCUGAGUAGCAUCGGUUCAAGCGGCCUGGGUGGAUCAUCCAUCAUCGGAGGUUCUGGCCUUGGAGGAUCCUCUUACACCGGAUCACUCGGCAGUGGCAACCUCGGAUCUCUUGGAGGAAGCGGCCUUGGAGGAUCCUCUUACACCGGAUCACUCGGCAGUGGCAAUCUCGGAUCUCUUGGAGGAAGCAGCCUAGGUAGCUCCAUCCCGUCUGGUUUUGGAGGUUCUGUCGGAACAGGUAUUGGUUCAGGAAUUGGAAGCUCCCUCGGAGGUGGCUCGCUGGGAGCACCCCUCGGCGGCUCUUUCAGCGCACCUGCUUUUGACUCCGGAAUUGGCGGCUCUAACUUAGCCGCCCCACUCGCUCCAUCUCUGCCUCUGCCUGGAUCUCUCUCAAACGCAGGUGCAGUUGAUGGGCCCGCUGCCACCGUUCCAGGCGGCGAACCUCCACCACCCGGACCUAAGGCUCCAGUUAUCACAUCGAUUCACGGACUGGCUAAUGGCAAUGGAGCCCCGACCCGAUACAGUGUCAGAGAGGAACCUUACCAAGUCUUCAGAGAACAAAUCCACCGAGUACCUCAGCCGGUACCAGUGCCCGUGCCGCAACCUGUACAAGUCCCAGUCCCACAGCCUUACCCCGUCCAAGUACCAGUGUAUAGGGACGUCCCAGUGCCCGUUGUAAAGAUCCAGCAAGUCAAGGUUGACAAGCCAGUACCUUACCCAGUCGAAAAGAUUGUCAGAGUACCCGUAGAAAGGGUAGUAGAGGUUCCUGUGGAGCGUCGCGUUCCUGUUGAAAAAAUUGUGAAAGUGCCCGUUGUUAAGCUGAUCAAGGUGCCGUAUCAUGUGGUAAAGAAGUACCCAGUCCCUGUGUUCAAGACCGUGCACCACAAAGCAGUGGAACACCAUCACUCUCACGGCUGGCACGCUGCCCCUCAUGAUCACUACGGCAUUCAUGACCACCACGACAUUCACGAUCAUCACGAUCAUCACGAUCAUCACGAUCUUCAUGGCCAUGACGACCACCUCGAUAUCCAUGACGAGCACGACCUGCACGACCACAGCGACCACGGCUGGCACUAA